AUGGCUUCGAGACAGGCGCAGAAAAGGUUGAACAAAGAGUAUAAGGCGCUCACGGCGAAUCCUCCACCUUUGGUAAUGGGUAAACCGAAUGAAGAAAACAUUCUUGAGUGGCAUUAUGUGAUUACAGGACCUCCGAACACUCCAUUUGAAGGUGGGCAAUACCAUGGAGUCUUGAGAUUUCCAAAAGAAUAUCCUUUUAAGCCGCCAUCAAUCUCCAUGCUGACACCAAAUGGAAGAUUUGCUUGUAAUACAAGGUUAUGCCUAUCGAUAUCUGAUUAUCACCCAGAUACUUGGAACCCUGCGUGGAGUGUUUCCACUAUCUUAACGGGACUUUUGAGUUUCAUGACAGGAGACGAGAGCACUACAGGAUCUAUAACUACUAGCGACAGCGUAAAGAAAAGACUUGCAAGAGAUAGUAAAGAGUGGAACAUUACAGAAAACCCCAGAUUUAAGAGACAGUUUCCGGAGCUCACAGAUCAAAAUAAGAUAGAUGUACGCGAAGCAAAGCUCAAGAAAGAAGCAGAGAUGGCUGCAACCCAAAGCCGUGAACCCGAAAAACCCAUUAAUCUCAAAGACCAAAUGGAACUUUUAGACCCGGAAGAUAGGGCACGACUUCUCGUUGAUGACGAGGCUGAAGGUACAAGUUUCCUGUUGCAGAGAUUCACAUUGUUUGGGGUUGUUGUAGCAGCCUUCAUAGCCGCAUAUUUCAGUUUUCUUAGACAUGGUUGA